GCAAGUCUAAAAUAAAAUGUUUGAAAGCAAACACACAUUUUUGAUGUGAAAAUUUUACUCGGUUUGAUCAAUUUUUGCGUGACGAAUUUUUCGGCAAUUUUGCUUUCUAUUGUUUUGGCAACAGACCGGUUACAUUUUAUACGUUUUAUUGAUAUGUAUUUACUGCUCAUAAACAGCUCAUUAAUAAUACCAACGAAGUAUCACAUUACAAACUCAUUUGUGUCCGCAAUUUUUACCUUAUAACUUACUUACUUUAGAAAACUCUGUCACCAUGUCACUUUGAUUUCCAUUCUUUGAAACGAUAGUUUUACAUUGACUGAUAACUUCUGAUUAAACUUAGACACGGAAUCCUGAAACUUUCUGCAAUAUUAGAGCGUCAAGGAAAUCCACAAAAUCAAUUUAUUCUUGAAGUAUCGGAACCAUCUGAAAAAUCAGAAUGAGUUCAGAAUGCAUCGGAAUUGACUUGGGGACGACUGCGUGUUGUGUAGCAGUAUACAGGGCAGACGGAAGAGUGGAGGUCAUUCCAAACAGUCAGGGCAACCUGGUCACGCCAUCGUACGUGGCUUUCAGUGACAAACAAAGACUCAUCGGCGAUGAAGCGAAGGCCCAGCUGGAUCGAAAUGUCGACAACACGAUUUAUGAUGCCAAGCGAAUGAUUGGAAGAAUGUCUGAAGAUGAGCAUCUUCAAACUGCUCGCUCAUCGUGGAAGUUCAAAACCGUGGAAAGAAAAGGCCAACUUUGUUAUGACGUGGUGUGCUACGGCGAAAAAAAGGUGUUGACCCCAGUACAAGUUUCUGGUAUGAUUCUAUCCAGGCUCAAAAAGGAAGCAGAAAAGUUCUUGGAAACUUCCAUUUCGGAAGCAGUCAUAACUGUUCCUGCUUACUUCAACAACACUCAGAGAGAAGCUACAGUCUUGGCUGCACAAGCUGCAGACUUGAAGGUCCUUCGAAUAAUCAAUGAGCCUACAGCUGCGAUUUUAGCUCAUUGUGACGAUCAAAAAUUUGCGACAGGAGAUAAAAAGAUUCUGGUGUACGACCUGGGAGGGGGGACUUUUGACAUAACUAUUGUAGAAUGUCAGGACGAAAUUUUAGAGGUUUUAGCUACGUCUGGAAAUUCUUUCCUGGGUGGCCGAGACUUCGAUCAAAAGCUGGCUGAGUAUCUCUUCACAGAAGUUGAAAAACAAUGUGGAAAGUGCGUAAAGGAUAACAAAAGGGCCUUUAUUAGACUUCUGCAGGCUUGCAACAUAGCAAAACAUCAAUUGUCAUCUGCAGCUUCAGCGACAAUUGCGGUGGACAAUCUUAUCAAUGGAAAAGACUUCCUCUCUAAGAUCAGCCGGGCUCGAUUCGAAAAACUCAAUGAGCAUCUCUUCAAAAAGACUUUGGACAGUAUUCAAACUGCCCUAACUGAUGCCAAAUUGCAAAAAAAAGACAUUGACGCUGUUUUGAUGGUGGGUGGAUCCAGCAGAAUCUCGAAAAUUCGACAAAUGGUUAAAGAUUUUUUCCCAGACACCCCAUUAUUAAAUUCAGGAAACCCAGAGGAAACAGUUGCUCGUGGGGCUGCAAUUCAAGCCAGUCUCAUCAAGGCCUUUUCUGAUCAGUUGAUGCAAGUUGUCCUAAUUGAUGUCUGCCCACUCUCACUUGGAGUUCAAUCCCAAGACGAUGUAAUGUCGUUCAUCAUAAAAAGAAACAGCACUAUUCCUUGCCAAGCAACGAAAACUUUUGAGACAGUGUCAGACAACCAAGAGGCAAUUAAUUUUGCUAUCUUUGAGGGCGAACGAUCAAUUGCAUCGGAGAACAAUAAGUUAGAUUCUUUCAAGCUAGAGGACAUCAAGCCAGGUUUGAAAGGAGAGCAGAAAUACGACGUAACCUUCAGCAUAGACGUAAAUGGCAUUUUGAGCGCGAGAGCUGAAGAGCGUGAUACUGGAAAGUGUGAAGAGAUAACAAUCAAGCGCGAAAAACAUGACCCAGAGGAAGUUCAAAUAUUACUAGACGAUGAACAAAAAUUUGCAAAACAAGACAGAAUUGAAAUGCGCCGAAUCCACGCUAAACAAAAGCUGGAAGAAUAUCUCUACCAGCUCCGAAAAAGAAAAAAACCUAAGAAUGAUUCUGAGCUGCACAAAACAAUCUCAGAUGCAGAAGUUUGGCUGGAAACAAAAAAUAUCACUGAACAAGAGAUUCAGGAGAAACUUGAAAAGCUCAAGAGUGAUCACAACUGAUCAAGGUGAAGUAAAUUAUGGAAAUUCAGUAAAUUUAUUUCAAAACACUAACAAAAAACUAACAAAAAACUAACCAAAAACUGACCAACUUAAUUCAGUGUUUUCAUUAUUCUUUCCAAC